AUGGAGCUGGAGCGAGGAUCCAGGGAGCGGAUCCAGGAACCAAGCCGGAAAAUCGCCGGUUGCUCAGAAGGGAGGGAAGGUGGUGGUGGCUGGUUUGAGGAACAGGCUCAGGUUCCUCUCUGUUUCAACUGCUCCAUCAUCCCUGGAGACAGGUCCCUGGGUGCAAGGAGCCGGGUGUCCUGCAAUGGCAGCAGGGCUCUGGGGCCCUUUGACCCCCAGGACUUGAACCUGACUGACGAAGAGCUCAGGCUCAAGUACCUGGGGCCCCAGCAGACGGAGCUAUUCAUGCCCAUCUGUGUCACCUACCUGCUGAUCUUUGCAGUGGGCGCGGUGGGCAACGCGUUGACCUGCACCGUCAUCCUGCGCCACAGGGCCAUGCGCACGCCCACCAACUACUACCUCUUCAGCCUGGCCGUGUCGGACCUGCUGGUGCUGCUUGUGGGCCUGCCCUUGGAGCUCUACGAGAUGCAGAACAACUACCCGUUCUUGCUGGGCGCCGGCGGCUGCUACUUCCGCACGCUGCUCUUUGAGACCGUCUGCCUGGCCUCGGUGCUCAACGUCACCGCCCUGAGCGUCGAGCGCUACGUGGCCGUGGUGCACCCGCUGCGGGCCAGGUCGGUGGUGACGCACGCCCACGUGCGCCGCGUGCUCGCCGCCAUCUGGGGCCUCGCUGUGCUCUGCUCUCUGCCCAACACCAGCCUGCACGGCAUCCAGCAGCUAGAUGUGCCCUGCCGGGGCCUGGUGCCCAGCUCGGCCGUGUGCACCGUGGUGCGCCCGAGAGCCAUCUACAAACUGGUGGUGCUGGCCACCGCGCUGCUCUUCUUCUGCCUGCCCAUGGCCACCAUCAGCGUGCUCUACCUGCUCAUCGGCCUGCGGCUGCGGCGUGAGAGGCAGCUGAUUCCCAGGCAGGAGGCCAAGGGCAGGGCCAGGACAAGCGACAGCCGAAGGCUCCGGGGGCUGCAGGAUGGGGGUCGGACACAGGUGACCAAGAUGCUGUUUGUGCUGGUCGUGGUGUUCGGGAUCUGCUGGGCCCCGUUCCACAUCGACCGCCUCAUGUGGAGCUGCAUGUCCCGCUGGACCGAGGGCCUGCUCCUGGCCUUCCAGUACGUGCACGUCAUCUCUGGAGUCUUCUUCUACCUCAGCUCGGCCGCCAACCCUGUGCUCUACAGCCUCAUGUCCACCCGCUUCCGGGACGCCUUCCGGGAGGCCCUGUGCCCAGGGACCCAGUGCCGUGGCCGCAGAGCCCACCACAGCUCCUACAGCCUCAGCAGGGUGACCACGGGCAGCACCCUGGGUGACAUGGGCUCCCCGGGCAGCCAGGCCCAGCCUCUGGCCGAGAACAGUGGCCCAGGGGGCCAGCAACGGACGAACCCCUCCUGAGAGGAGCCUCAUGCUGCUUCACCCCAAGGGGCCAGAGGUCACACCCAGCUUUGGGGGGGGUCACACCUGCCUCUUCUGCAGGCUAUCCUCUGUCCCUCUUCCCCACUUCGGCCUAGUAACUCUGACACCUGACUACUGCCCCCACCCAUGUAUUGGAACGAUUAUAAGGUUGCUGUCUGCUCUCCAGGCCCCUAGGCCUUCUGGUACGGCCCUGCCCUGGUAGGAACAUCAUGGCUGGCUAACUGGGCACGGGAAGACUCCAUCUGGGGGUUCCCCCACCCACCCCCAGUUUCUGAAGUGUUUCCGGGGCGGUCCUUCCUUUCCUUUCCAUUUCUUGCUGAGCUUCCGGUUCUGGUCCACUCUGCCCCCUCUAGCUCUUGGUGCACCUGGGCACUUGUGCCCUUCCUCUGACCCAAGCCC